AUGUCUUACUGGAUCCGUGUUGUCAGUGCGCUCCUUUAUCUUGCGACUUGUGUACGCGCAGAAGUUACAGUAACUCAGCCGCUUUCCAAGUCGAUCAGUCCGAGGCAGAACUUACAAUUAAGCUGUACCAUGUCCGGGGCCAGUUUAGGGAAUUAUGACGGUAUAUCCUGGUAUCAGCAGAUUCCUGGAAAGACUCCCCGGCUUUUAGUCUAUUAUUGGUCCAGCAAGAGCAGCCCUGGAAGAGGUCCGGGAGUUUCAGAAAGGUUCUCCGGCUUUCAGUCGGGCAACACGGGAUAUUUCACAAUUUCCAACGUUCAAUCGGAGGACGCUGCGGACUAUUACUGCGCCAUGUGGAAAAACGCCUUAAUAUUCGGAAAAGGAACAAGGGUGACAGUGGGCAAUCCUCGGCUCCCAGUCGUAUCGGUCUUGGCCCCUUCAGGGGACGAAAUCAGGGUGAAGGGCACCGCCACGCUUGUGUGUUUAGUGAACGGAUUUAAUCCGGGUGCUGUGGAAAUUGAGUGGGCUGUGGACGGCAGUGCGAGAAGGAACGGCGUAAAGAACAGCCGACUGCAACAGGAAACGGACAACACGUUCAGUGUGAGCAGUUACCUGACAUUGAGAGCCUCAGACUGGAACUCACACGAGCUUUACUCCUGUGUGGUUAAACACGAGACUCAAGCAAACCCGCUCCGGGCAAAUAUCGCAAGAUCUCGCUGUGUUUGA